AUGGUUGAUCAAAAUGUUAUCAUGCAAAUGUUACAAAAUCAGCAACGCCAAUUGAAUCAACAGCAGAAAUUAUUUGAAGUUCUCGCACGAAAAUUUUCAGCACACAAAUCAGAGGUUCCAAACGUCAGAAGUGGUACUCAACUCAAAGUUGCAUUGGCCAAUGGAAUUCAAGAAUUCAGUUACGACCCAGACAGUGGCAAUACAUUUUUAGCUUGGUACAAGAGAUAUGAAGACAUUUUUAUUGUCGACGGUUCAGCAUUGGAUGAAUCAGCAAAAGUACGGCUGUUGAUGCAAAAACUUGGAUGUUCUGAACACACAAGAUAUUGCAAUUAUAUUCUACCAAAACACCCAAGAGAUUAUACUUUGCAAGAAACCGUGGAGAUUACCAUAAUUUUUGGAGAGCGGACAUCUAUAUUUAAC